UUCAAAUCAAGAGAACCUCUCUCCGCUCUUCAGGGAAAGGGGGAAAAAAGAAAAUCAAAUAAAAUGGAAAAGAUCUCAGUAGCUAUGCGAUUCCGACCAUCGAUCGGCCAAGAAACCGCCGAGGAUCGAGGACAACAGGAUCUCUUUCCACAGAUCCUUCAGCACUCCGAUCUCGGGUGUCUCCUUCGCCUUUGAUCAUGUAUUCGAUCAAACGACGAGGGAUACGACGGUCUGUCAUCGACUCACGAAACCCAUCAUCCAGGCUGCUGUUGAUGGAUUCAAUGAACUGCAUUUGCUUAUGGGCAGACAAGCAGGGCAAAACCUUCACCGUGAAUGGUUCAGAAGAUGAUCCUGGUAUCAUCCAUUGUGCCGUGAAAGGAAUUUUUCACUCUACUCAGAUGAAUAUGGACCGUGAGUUUAUAAUUAGAUGUCCUACAUGGAGAUCUACAAUGAAGAGAAAUGAUCUGCUUAUGCUGCGGAACCAGAAGCUUCCUAUCCAUGAGAGCUUAGAUAAAGCAAUACCGAGGAUCCAGAGUUGUCUGGUGAUGUUUCUAAUGCAGAUGCAAUCCGUGUUUCUGUUCUGGGCCCACAUUCCAUAUCAUGAUAGUAAGCUAACACACAUACUUCAACCAGCUUUGGUUGACAAUGCUAAGACCUCAAUAACCUGCAAACUAGCACCUGAGGAGGUUCACAUAAAGGAAACCAGAGGCACCCUCCAGUUUGUAAGCGGAGCUAAACAUGUUACAAGUUAUGCUCAAGUGAAUGAGGAACUAGCCUUUCAUGAAGGAGCUUCCAAGGAAAAAUCUCGUGGUUUUCAAUCUGAGUUCAGCAUGAACAAAUCACAAUUCAAUACGUUCAAGCAACAAUAUACUGCCCUGGAAAGUGAAUGCAACCUCCUGAGAGAGGAGGAAGCAUCUCUUAAUGAAGCUCUCUCAGUAUCCUAACAAAAUGUGGAACUAGAGUUGAGAAGGAAAGCCUGCUGAAGGACUUGAAAGUCAAAAAACUGAAGAUGAAGGAUCUUAGAGAAGAGAUCAGAUUAUUCAGUUUGGCAUUUGCACAACAUGAGGGCUUAAUCACUUCCCUGUAUUCCAAGUCUAAGGCUAUGAUGGAAAAUCUUAAAUCUUCAAUGCCGGUACCUGAACUCUAUGAUUGUUGAUCCAAAUCAAUCAGUGUAUUCAUUCAUAAGAGGUUAGUUUAUUCCCUUGCACUGAGCACUGUUCCACCACUUGUUGAAUGUACUAGACAUUACAUUGAUGUCUACUGAAAGUUAUAUUUAUAUCAAAACUAAGUUCUAGUUGAUUGCAUCACAUACUUUAUAGAUUGAUAUGCGGAACAUAAUUAUUCUCUCUGUAUGUUGCUUUAGUUUAUAUCAAUUAUUAUGUUAGUUCUCUUUAGUUUGUCCCUUAUUCUUCACCUUAUACACUGAUAUACUUACUAGUUGUUGUUUAUGCUGGGCAUAGUCAAUUGGCUGCAUUGCUUUUUACAGUAGAAAUAAUCGAAUUAUACACCUGAUCCAUUCAGGU